UGCUUCACCGCCCUGAUGACGUCAGUCUACAGCGUUUUACUACGAGCCAGACGUUUGUUAUGCUCAAUGUGUCGAAGCAGCUGGUGAUCGGACCUGCGACCGUGUGAUUCCAGGGCAGACCGGUUAGGAAAAUGCCAUUGUUCGAUGGGCUGGGAAGUGGAGGCGAGAAGACCGCAGUUGUGAUUGAUUUAGGAGCGGCAUAUACAAAAUGUGGCUUUGCGGGGGAAACGGGGCCCAGGUUCAUAAUUCCGAGCGAGAUCCAGAAACCAGGACAGCAGCAGACGGUCAAGGUUGUUCAAUACAACAUCAACACAGAAGAACUGUAUGCCAUCCUCAAAGAGUUUAUCCACACUCUGUACUUCAGGCAUCUGUUGGUGAACCCCCGCGACAGAAGAGUGGUCAUCAUCGAGUCCAUCCUCUGCCCCUCCCACUUCAGAGAGACUCUCACCAAGGUUUUUUUCAAGCAAUUUGAGGUCCCCUCUGUGCUUUAUGCUCCCAGUCAUCUCGUGGCCAUCAUGACCUUAGGCAUCAACUCCGCUCUGGUGUUGGACUGUGGCUACACGGAGACGCUUGUUCUGCCCGUGUACGAGUGCACUCCCAUUCUUUCAGCCUGGGAGGCUCUCCCACUGGGAGGGAAGGCCAUUCAUAGUGAACUGAACAGACUUGUUGCAGAGCAGUGCACCGUGGACGCAGACAGCAGCACCAAGCAGAGCGUUCCAGCUGUCAUCGGAACCCUCUCAGAGAAAAUAGUGGAAGACAUUAAGGUCAGAACCUGUUUUGUCAGUGACCUGCAGAGAGGUUUGAAGAUGCAAGCAGCCAAGUUCAACCUGGACGGGACGGCAGAGCGUCCCACCCCUCCUCCAGAUGUGGAUUACCCGCUGGAUGGGGAGAAAAUCCUGCAUAUCAACGGAUCUGUCAGGGACUCUGUGAUGGAGAUUCUGUUUGAACAAGACAAUGAAGAGAAGAGUGUGGCAUCUCUGAUACUCGAUGCUUUGGUCAAGUGUCCUAUUGACACUCGGAAAGUGCUUUGUGAGAACCUGGUAGUCAUCGGGGGAACGUCCAUGCUGCCCGGCUUCCUCCACCGCCUGCUGGCAGAGAUACGCCUCCUGAUGGAAAAACCCAAAUACAGCAGUGUGCUGGUCAACAGGAGCUUUCAGAUCCACGUUCCACCCUCCAAACCAAACUGCACGGCAUGGCUGGGAGGAGCCAUAUUUGGAGCUCUCCAGGACAUCCUGGGCAGCAGGUCUGUGUCCCGGGAUCACUACAACCAGACGGGCCGCAUACCCGACUGGUGCAGCUUGACGUCUUCUCCACCCGAGUCUUUCUACGACGCAGGGAAGACUCCUCCCCCCCUGAUGAAAAGAGCGUUCUCCUCAGAGAAAUGACCAGCAGUCCAAAAGUCACCAUCACUGCUCAUCAUUGGACUCAGUGCUCAGGUUUGCUGGUGCAAAUCCCACUCUUGCUUUUGUCCCAGUUGUGGCACGCUGCAGUGGUGUUAAAGGAGGCAGCUUGUAUCCAUAGCAGCUGCAUUUAUAUGACAGUAACGCUCACAGUUCCAGUAGAGCAGGUAUAAAUAAAGACGUGUUGGCUUAAACAUCUUCAUCUGCAGAGCGAGUUAUAGACAUGAAUGCUAAUUAUUUCAUUCUCCCAAUGGGCAUGUAUGCAUUCAAACCAACCAUUUCCAUUAAAUUAGGAGUGUCUUAUGGUCUUUUAGUCAGAUGUCAGUGUUUCCACAAACCUGUUCAUUCCACUAUCCUGGUAUUAAAGCCUUUUUCUCCCUGCAGAUGC